CUAGUUUGACGUUCAACGUUCGAGGCAGAUAAACCAAAAUGGAUGCCAUUACGUUAACAAUUAACGAAACGUUCGACAGAUACGGAGAUUUAUUUUACAAAAUAUCCAGAGAAAUAUGGAAUAAUCCGGAGGUGUGCUUCGAAGAGGUUCGAGCGCACGAGUUGCUGACCGACAACCUGGAAAAUUUAGGAUUUACAACGGAGAGGAAUCACGUGCUUCCCACCGGUUUCAAGGCCGAAUUCGUUAAUAAUCCAAAAGGCCCGGUCGUUGCUAUUCUGUGCGAAUACGACGCGCUGCCGAAAAUAGGACACGCCUGCGGACAUAAUUUGAUAGCCGAGGCCGGUUUCGCUGCCGCCGUUGCAGUCAAAGCGGUAUUAGAAGCAGAUUCUUCGAUAGGAGGAAAGGUUGUGGUAUUUGGAACUCCCGCGGAAGAAGCUGGAGGUGGUAAAAUUCAUUUUGUCAAAGCUGGGGCAUUCGAUGAUGUGGAUGUUGCAAUGAUGGCGCAUCCAGCGAAAGACAGUAUAGUCUUUCAACCUUCCAUUGCUUGUGCUGAUAUGACUGCAGUGUUCGAAGGAAAAUCGAGCCACGCUUCUGUAAGUCCGUGGUUAGCGAAGAAUGCCUUGGAUGCCGCGGUUAACACGUACACAAGUAUAGGGCUUCUGAGGCAACAGAUCAAUCCCGAGUGCAGAGUUGAAGUUGUUAUUAGUAAAGGAGGUGAAGUACCCAAUGUUAUACCAAGCCUGACAGAAAUGAAAUUUGGAAUUAGAGCCCCCGUCAUGUCGGAAAUGGACGAAUUAAUUGGAAGAAUUAAGACUUGUUGUCAAGCCGGAGCUGCUGCAGCAGGCUGUAGUGUCACAAUAAAGAUGGAUGACGUAAUUUACGACAGCACAUUCUUUAACAUACCUUUUGGAAAGCAAUUUAAAAAACACGUCAAUAAACUUGGAUUACAGUUCUUCGAGCAUUUAGACAUACCAAACAAAGGUAGUACCGAUAUGGGUAACGUCUCACAAGUUGUACCAAGUAUCCACCCCAUGUUUAGCAUAGGAGAAGCUUCUGAACAUACUAUAGAAUUUACGAAUCUGGCAGGAACCAAAGAAGCUCAUCUCACUACUUUACAAGUAGCCAAAGCCAUGGCGUUUACUUGUAUCGAUAUCUUUAAAGACAAAGAACUUUUGAAUGAAAUUAAGAAAUAUUUUUCUGAGAAUAAAUAAGUGAAAGGAUGAAGAGGAGUUAGUGAAGAAUGCCUUGAUAAACAGGAUAGCUUUAUGAAAAAUGCUUUGAUAAACAGCACAGUUUGUGAAGAAAGUGCUUUUGAUAAUUACACCCACACAUCACAUAGAACAGCAAGUGUUCUAUUUUCAAAUUGCUGCUCCUGACAUUUUGUACAUGGCACUUAAAAGCACUCAAAUGUUUCUUCAGAAGCUAACCCAUUCCACUAAGGCAUAACUUUCUUAUUCUGGGAGUGUCGUUAAUACACUAACAAAUUAACAAAGCAUGAAUUAGAUAAUUGUAUAAAUUACUUUAUUAUUGUUAUAUCACAUUAAAAUUGUUCAAGUACAAAAUUAUUUUUU